AUGUCCCAGGAAGAGGCCCAACCUAGCAAGAUGCGCUCAAAACCUGUACGACAAACACCUCAACAAAGAAUUGAAGUUGUUACAAGAAAUGAUCUCCCAGGAAUAACUGAAUGGUUGUUACCAACAAACAUUUGCCAGACCCGUAUAUGUGGAAAAACACUAGCAAGCAAUGCAUGUACCAUCAUUGCAGCACUAUGUUGUAGGAGCUUCCUUAAGAGAGAAUUAGAGAUCCCAUUAGAUGCUGAGCUAGGAAAUGCAAUCAACAAGUUCAAGCAGUUAAUCAUGACAGGAAAUAUGCUCUAUGGUGGUCUUCGGAUCCCUUGUAACCAACCCAAUCUGGAAGUAUGUGACGUUUUGAAGAAAAUUGUGGAUUUGAAGCUUAGAAUGGUCAAAGAUCUUGGAUUCUUCUAUGCUGAAGACAUAUAUGAAACAUUAUGUCAGCUGCUGCAGUGUGAAGGAAGACAAGCCGGAGUGUUAAUUUUCCCACCAGAUAAGUCUGUGGCAUUGCUAGCAGAUAACGAAGAGGUUGCAGUUUUCGACAACCAUGAACAUGGACAGAAUGGGGGAAUAAUAACAGUUUGCAGAUCCAAAAACAUUGAUGAUUUUUUUUACUAUCUUCAGACAAAUGGGCAUUAG